CUGAUGGCGGAUGGCUGAACUCUGACAGCUUUGUGAACAGCAGGCUAAGUUUAACAAUGGCGACAAGUGAAGAUGGAGAAAAUCGCCUUCGUUCUUCAUUGAGCAGUAUGGAUGGUUCUGUUAUCAAACAGGAACCUUUUCGUUCGAAGGCGAUCCUGCCAUGGGAUAGACUGUCAAACUGGCUGCAUUGUGUCUGUGUUGUCACUUUCGACUUGGAGUUGGGACAGGCUUUGGAGUUUGUGUAUCCCAACCAUGUGAAGCUCUCAGAAAAAGAGAAAAUGAAUGUGUGCUACCUCUCCUUUCCAGAUUCUAAUUCAGGUUGUAUGGGGGACACCCAGUUCAACUUCCGCAUCCGUCAGUGCCAUAGUAGACCACACCCUUAUCAUAGUCGCAAGACCUAUGAUAUGAAUAGCCCUGUUACACUACAGAGCGAUAGUGCCCAUUAUUACGGCUUUGUUUACUUCCGACAAAUCAAAGACAAGACGUCAAGGAGAGGGUACUUCCAAAAGUCACUGGUACUUCUUUCCAAGGUUCCUUAUGUCACAUUGUUUACGCAUCUUGCCAGUGUCAUAGCACCGGGGUACUUUGAGCACGGUGAACCUUCAGUUGAAGCAGCGUGUCAUGAUAUAGACCAGUGGCCUUCACCAUUCCCUGGUAUGCUCUUACAUCUACCUAUUAUGGGCUGCGUUCUACAGAUCAGAAUACCCACAAAGCAAGACAAACCAGGUUCCAUAUCAGCUGCAGUCAAAACAACUCCAGAGCAUGGUGGGUCUCAACCUACCAUAGUUCCAUCUGUCCACGAAGUAGAACCGUUUAGAUGUCUCCAUUCUGUUUUACCUCAUAUCCAACUAAUAUGGGAGCUGGCUCUUACAGGAGAGCCGUUGGUCAUUAUGGCGCCCUCGCCCUCCAUCUGUUCCGACACGGUGCAUGCCCUGGUCCACACCAUCUCUCCACUACGUUAUAUGUCAGAUUACCGGCCGUACUUCACUAUACAUGACAGCGAGUUUAAGGAAUACACUACAAGAACACAAGCACCUCCAUCAGUUAUUCUAGGCGUCACCAAUCCCUUCUUUGCCAAGACGUUACAACACUGGCCCCAUGUCAUCAGGAUAGGGGAACCAACUAAUACAGACAAGACAAACUCUAAGAUGCUGAAACCCAAGAAACCUGGAAGUCUGAAGACUCUGGAGUCUAAGCCAGGACUGUACACUCAGUACAAACCUUUCCUUAAUAAGGAUAAGACGAUUAUCAAAAGGUUAUCAAAGGGAGUUCAGACUAAGAGACCUCAGGAGGUACAAGAUGCCAUGUUACGUCGACAUCUUCUAGAAUUAACCCAGAGUUUUAUGAUUCCCUUAGAGAGAUACGUAGCUUCCCUUAUGCCUCUACAGAGGAAUAUCUCACCAUGGAAGCAUCCUCCAAGGUUAAAACCUUUUGAUCCAGAAGGGUUCCUGAAGACGUUGGAACACUCUGGGCCGCAGCUAACCUCUGGCCUUAAAGGAGAUUGGAUUGGACUCUACAAGAAAUUUUUCAGCAGCAAGAAUUUUGAGGGUUGGUUUUGGCAGCGUCAGUUGGAGGUGAACCACAAGCUGUCGGUACUCCAUCUUGAAGCAUUGUGUAAUGCUGACUUACUGCAGUGGACCAGUGAUAAACAGGAAGUACAGGUCGUUGACCUUGUUCUCAAACUCAGGGAAAAAAUGGCUGAUAUUUUGGACCAAAAUUUGCAAGUUAAACCGGAGCUUGUACAAAGACUAACAUCACACAUAGAUGCAAUUAUAACGACACUUCCAUCGGAUCUACAGGCAGUGCUGAAAAGCCAAUAAGAAACGGCUUAUAGUCAGAGAGUAGCCAAAAGGAGAGCUGACUGUUUUGAAAGCAGCCAAUGAGAGCGUGUUUGUGUUCAGAUGAGCCAAUCAGAUUGCUCCGAUGAGCUGAGAAGCUUACAGCACAGCACAAAAGGCACUUCUUAUGGUGAACCAAUUACAAGGCUUUCAAAUUACAAAGUUUUCAACUGGGAGAGAUCCAUUUUGAAAGUAGCCAUUUAGAUGGUGGUUGUAUAGUGAUUGGCCAAUGAGAAUGCUCCUUGAGUAUGGAGCCAAUAGCCUUGCUGGAAAAGGGCCAAUACAAAGAGGCUUGUGAUGAGUCAGUCACCAAUAGGAGAGAUGUGUGUCAUUAGAAGAGCCUGUUCAGAAUGUUUUGAUGUGCAACGGUGCGGGAAUCGUAGCCAUUUAUCAUCGCCACUUUCCCCACUUUGAGCUACCUAUGCAGGCCUUUAUCAUCAGGCAUGUUGUGGGUAACACAGACAUGCCAACUAGUACGUUUUUCCCGUAUUUUGUACGGGUUUUUGUAAAAAAUACGGGUAUACGGGUUUUGCAAAAAAAAUACGGUUUUGAGCAUCGCCACCGCAAAAAU